AUGGUCAGGCCUCUCAAGAAGGCUCCUGGCGGCUUCACCCGCCUGCUCAACGCGAUGGAAAAAUUCACCAAAUGGAUUGAGGCAAAACUGAUCAUGAAGCCCAGCUCCCAAGAAGCUAUCAAGUUUUUUCUUGACAUCGUCUACCGGUUUGGUGUGCCUAAUACAAUCAUCACGGACAAUAGGACCAACUUCACGGGCAAGAAGUUCUUGGAUUUCGCUGACGGGUACGGAAUCAAGAUCGAUUGGGCAUCUAUCGGACACCCUCACACCACUGGGCAAGUAGAAAGGGAAAAUGGCAUGGUCCUCCAUGGACUCAAGCCUCGCAUCUUCGACCAGCUCAACAAGUUUGCUGGCCGGUGGGUCCAGAAGCUCCCAGCCGUCCUCUGGAGCCUGAGGACAACUCCCAAUCAAUCCACAGGAUUCACCCCAUUCUUCUUAACUUAUCGGGCGGAAGCCAUGCUACCCUCUGACUUGGACCAUGGCGCCCCAAGAGUCAAGGCCUUUGACCCCGACCGAGCCGCCGAGGCUCAGCGGGACACAGUCGACUUGUUGGACAAGGCCCGGGAGACGACCCUGGUCUGCUCGGCAAGAUACCAGCAGACACUUCGCAGGUACCACAAGAAGAAGAUUCGGGGAAGAACCCUUGAAGUUGGCCACCUGGUGCUGAGGAGAGCGCAGUCGAACAAGGACAAGCAUAGGCUCACUCUGCCCUGGGAAGGACCGUACAUGAUUGCGGAGGUGGCCCGGCCAGGAACCUACAGACUGAAGGACAGCGACGACAACAUCCUCGCUAAUACUUGGAACAUUGAGCAUUUACGUCGUUUCUUCCCCUAA